AUGGGUUUAUAUCCCGACGAUAACCGGUUUGGCCGGUUCGCCACAGCCGCCGCAGCCGACGAUUCAACCGCCUGGACCGUUUUUUUUCCCGUUUUUGUCUGGAAAGAAAACGCGGAGAACGGUGCGCGGAGGAAUAAAAAAAAAAUAUAAAAAUUAACAGUGCGCGUACGAGUAUAUUGUCGGAUGACAAGAUGAUAAUGUGCUCCGAGUAUACGAGGAUAGCCGACCGCGAUCGCUUGUCCACAUAAACGCACUCCCCUCUCCUCUUCACUGACGCUGACACCCUACGCGUAAAUUGUUUACUCGCCGAAAAUCGACAAUCUUUAUGAUAAUUUUAAUAAUAACAACACGACAACGGCAUACGACAGUAUAUUAUUUUUACAAACGAAUUGAUGACAUUUUUAAAAAGGUGGAAAGCAAUACGAUCGUGUAUGAUAACGGAUAAGCGUAUUAAAAUAUUUUCGAAUUUAUUUAAAUCGCAAUCUGUAUAUAAUCAAUAUAAGUAUAAGAAUCUAAAACUAUUAUUACUUGGGGCACUUAGAAGUGGCUUAGAACAAAAUAACUCCGGAGAAAAUAUAUGAUUUGUUAAUUUAUAAUAUUCAAGAAAAUAAUAUUAGAGCAAUUAAACGUAACUGAAAAUAGUUUUAUACCAAGUUAAUAUACUAUCGAUGACAAUUUUGAGGAAAACAAUGUACCUACUACAUAUUUUGUGUUACUGAGUUGCAAUAUUUUUAUGGUAUGAAAUAAAAUUAACAUAGACAGUAUUAUGUCUAAAUAAUCUAUUAAUAUAAAUUAAUCUAUUAUUACACGUAUUACUCGUAUCACAACAUUUACAACUGAAUCGAUGAUUGCAGAAACGUCACGAGUCACAAAUUUUAAAAGUCUUUUUCAAACGUCGAAAGUCAAGCGCACAUUAUCUUCAUAAUUUUUACUCAGAAUUAUUCAUAUGUAUAAAAUUCUCCGGUCACAGUGUUUGUCAUUGAGCUCUUCCGAAACGGCUUGACCGAUUUUCAUGAAAUUUUUUGUGUAUAUUUGGUUGCUCUGAGAAUAGGUCGUAAAGUAUUUUACACCCUCCUACCACCACCCUCUAUUUUUUAAUCGCGAUUUUAGUAUUUUCGUUUAUAUAUGUAUACGAGCAAUACCAAAUCAUUUAGCUUAUAAUUUAAUGAAUAUAAUUUUUUUUUUUUGACUUUUGUUACCGCGGUAACAGGGAUGGAAAAAAAAUGGUGAUUAAUUACUAUCAAAAAUUAGUCGGAAAAUAUCACGUAAUCAUCAAAAUCGGCCCAGUCGUUCUUGAGUUACAUUAUAAAUGGUGUAACUAACCCGAUUUUAUUUUAUUUACGCAAGAUUUUUAUUUAUUCAAGGGUUGCCACGGAAAAGAAAACUAUUAUAAUAACUAUUAUUACUAUUAUUUACACUAUUCAAAUUUCACAAUAAAACACAUUUAGUCCGCCGAAGGUGGACUACCCACUUUCCACUGAUUUGUUUUCAUUCAACUCUAACACGGCCAAAACCAAAAAUGAAUAUGGGUAAAAUAAUAAUAAUACGAAGUGGCACGGGCAACGCCGGGCGCGGGACAGCUAGUAAUAUUAUAUAAACAGUAUAUGAUGUUUCAAUAAGUAUUUAUUCUUAAAUUAAAUUAAUUUUCAAAAUUAUUUAUGCAGAUAUUAUACAGUUUUUGUCGAAUACCAAAAGUUUUCAAAAAUUGACCCGUGACGUUUCUGCAAACAUCGAUUAAACUUAACAAUAAAUGACGGUCGUUUUACACGUGAUACAUUCACGCGUAAGUUUUACGUGUGCGAGAAAGACGGACAAUUUGAUGAUUUUACACAUUGUGUACGUGCAGGUUGUAUAGAUUCGAGUGAUAAUUUCAUGUGAAAACGUAUACAGGUGAAAUAGAACUAAUAUCAACCCGCGGCUAUUACUCUGUUUCUGUAGAAAUAUCACCGAAAAAGCGCACCAACAAUAAAAGUGUCACCGUAGUUGCUACCGCCGCGUCGCGCGCUGCCCGGGCGGCGCUCUACCCCGUGCUGAAUCGAAACAGCGCAAUCUUAUUGGCCAAUGGAUUAGCGAUGUACAAAAUCGUUAUGCUGUCCCGACAUGGAGACAUCUCAUUGGUCAACCCACGUGGUACGAAAUCGAGGCUUUCCAAAACGUGGCAUUACGCACUAUAA